GAAGAGGCCACUCAAUGACUUCUGAUACAAAGACUUCAAAUGAAUAAUUACAAGCAAUCUCAGUGAAAAGAGUUUGCUACAGAUUCUCACUCUUAUGACUAACCAACAUUCACUGGAACAUAUUUCUCUAUCAGCGAAGACCAUCACCUCCAGUGUUGUUGCUGCCUUAUUAAAAUGUGUCCACAACAAAAAUAUCAAUGAGGCCCAACUCAUGUCCUGUGAUGAGGACAGUUGCUGCUCAUCUCUUUCCAUUUCGAAACACGGGUGCUGCAAAUACAUGUACAUGAUGACUGCUGGAUACCCUGACAUUUAUACACGGAAUGAAAUAGUUGGAAAUACAUGCAUCGAGACAUAUACGCCAAAAAACUCCAUGGAGCCAGACCCUAUCCUCUGCCUCUUCUUCUCAGAGUGCACAGAGACCUCAGGCACUGACUGGAUUGGCAUAUUACAGAGGUUUCACACAUUAAAACGUUUAACCCAAAGCAGUCCUGAAUUUCCUGUGGAAAUGGAGGCUUUGCUGUCCUCCUUGCGCUCCACACCUCAUUUAGCAGCAUUAAGACUAAAGGUGACCUGCUUGGACAUGAGCUGGGCUGUCUGGACUCUCUCACUCCCCCACACUUGCCCUGGUUUGAAAGACAUUGUGGUGGCCGAGGCGGUCUGUGACGAUGAACGAAGUGUCUGUACAUAUAUCUCCACAGAGGAAUCCAAUCAUAAUACAAGUACACGUUACAUGGAUUUCUCUGAUGAUCUUUGGCUACAACAACACCCCGAAAAAUAUCCAUUCUAUGACGAAUUCUCGAAUGUCUUUUUUGAAAUCGUCAUACCACCACCAAAUGCAGUCAUCAGCAGCAUCUCAUUCACGCUACGAUCGUCCCCAGAGAUAUUCAGCUUCAACUGGAAAGAUUUCCUAAUGAAUCUUCACUUGAUGAAAAACAAAGACAGUCCAACAUUCGAUGAGCAUCAGGGUGCCUUACUCACAUCCCUGCACAGUUUACCUAUUAAGCAGUUGUCGAUAGAAAGACUCUGCCUUACAGACACUUGGACUCAAGGAAUUGUCUCCCUCAUUCAGACAUGUCUCAGCAUAGAAAAGUUACACCUUACUGCAUCAUGUUCAGGUCACUCCUUAAUGAAUGCAGUUCAACUGUUGCAGAAAUCAAACAUACGUUCAGAUUGCACUCUCGUGGUUGUAGGAUGCAGAAAAUGUACAGAUCAAUGCACAGAAAAUAAGCAUCUGAGCUGCAACCAGAAAAUGAAAAUCACAAUCAAUGGAAAAUAUGUGAAAAUGGAAAGGAUAUAUCCCGAUGAUGAUUACUACCCUGAUGAUGAGCCUGAUAUACCUGAUCCUAUAUUCUAUCUUGGAGUAGAUAACUGGGAAACUGAGGAUGAGCAGGAUGGAGAUGAGGAUGCAGGGUAGAUGUUCUUCUCACACAUUUGUUUAGCCAGGCACACAGAUACAUACACACACACACGCACAUGCAAACAGAAGCAUUUGCUUUCUCUAUGACAGACCAUAGGACAGUACCCCAUGUGCAUUUUCAGAUCAAAUGUAACGGGUCCGCAGGCAAGUUAUACAUAAAUACAAAACAGCUUAAGAAAUCAAAAGUGAUUUACUUUUUCAAGUGCAAACAAUUCACAACAUAUAUAAACUAGAUGUACCACAUAGUGGUACAAAAUAUGACCGCUCAGUCAUGCACACUCCAGAUGUAUGUUUGUGCACAGAGGUGUAGUGGUAAAAUAAGAGGUGAGUAAACUAUGAAUUCUGUGAUCACGGUAAGGUGGACUGCGCCAUGCAGUAUCUGAAUUUUAAAAAGGCAUUCAAAACAUGUUUGACGAUGGUGAAGGUCAUUAUCCAGUGUUUAUUACAUGUUUAUUGCUGUGUAUUAAAUGAUUCCUAGAGUGAUGAUGAGUGUACAUAUUGUGAAUGUGGAUAAUACAGUGUGAUUUUGUUAUGUUAAAAGGUACAA